UUGAUAUUCGACACUCUCACUUUUCCCGCCUUUUUGUCUCGUAAACAUCACCAAACGUUGACCUGCGUCACGCAAAUUUGCAUUUUCCGUAAAAAAACGCAGCUUAAAAUGAGUGUUAACGCCGGCCCGCAACGCUGCAACCCACAGCCGGAAAAUGUGGCCGCUCCCAGAAUCCGACCCGUGAAGAUCUACAAGGAGGUGGCAACCCAAACCACGGUGUCGGUGCGGCCAGAGCCGAUCAGCGGAUGGUUUGCGCCCUUUGUUCCCUACGUUCCUGUCGCAAGAGAAUUUUAUGUUCCCUACGGAAGGCCUGCUCCCUAUCCGAUGCCACUGCGGACGGCUCCGGUUCCACCUCGAGGCCCGUCGUCGAUGAAUCCAUGGUAUGGAGCGCCGUAUGGAUAUUCGCCGUUGCCGGCACCGACCAACUACCCCGGAGUUUACUCCAGCAAUCCAUUUCACACCCAAAAUUGCUAAGCAUCGCUGUUUUGUCAUGAUUUGAAGUAGAAAGACAAGAGAAUUUCCGGUUGGAUUAAAAGUGAA